CUGCCCCGGGAAAAUUCCACUUCCGUAGUGGGUUGUUCGUCGAAGCCGUGUCCAGAGUUUGAGAGCCAUGGAGAAAAUAACAGAGAAGCUUUUAUUGGGGAAAGGCUCCCCGAAAACCAACAAGCUGGAACAAAUCAAAACUCUAAAUCUAUCUAAGAUGGGGCUGAAGCUUGAGGACCUCCCUGUGAAACUGCUUUCCCGUCUGAAGUCCCUGGAGCGCUGCGAUCUGUCUGGAAACAGGCUGCAGGAGUUCCCAAAGUGUUUGGAGCUGCCUGCGCUGCGGUGCCUGGACCUGAGCGACAAUCAGAUGGAAGACGUCACCACCCUGGGCUCCCUGAGGGGUCUGGAGGAGCUCAAGAUGGAGGACAACCUUUAUAUCACUGUGAGUGAUAAUUACAAGUUGUUUGUGUUGCUGCCCAAUCUGAGGAUUUACAACAGCAAAGACGUGACGACCACGGCCAACCAUGUGAGAUAUGUCUACAGCGACAACCUGAGGAGCAGGAUGAUUGCAGUUUGGGAGAGGAGCUUCAGCCUCCCGGAUCCCAUCUCUGCUGAGAAAAUGUCCUCGUUGGAGAAGAGCUUUGUGAGCGCCGCUCGUCAGCAAGUUAAAUUUGGCCCCAGUUCUGUCUCUGAUUUCACCAGGUGGAGGGUGGAAAUUCUUGCGAAGGAGUAUCUGCGCUCUCUGAUGGAACCAAAGGAGGAUUCUGAUGACAAAAACCAGACGGAGGAUAAAGAGGACGCUACUUUAUCUACACCUUCCAAGAGGAAACAAACUGACCCAGCAUCGGAUGCCACCAUGAGUCUGACGCCACGCAAAAAGCUGCGCGGCGACCUUCACGAUUCACCAGCCAAAAGCAGUCCUCGCAAAUCCAGCCUGCGCCUUACACCGCAGAAGGAACCCCAGAUCAGGAUGAGCCCCCGGAAGCCAAACAACGCUCCCUCUACCCCCUCCAAGGGACAGACGAGGACAGAGACGCCCAAAAAGAGUGCCAAAGGUCGACUAGAAGAGGAACAGAAAGAAAACCGCAGCAGAAAGGAUGCGAAGGCUGCACAGCUGCACAGAAAUGCACAUGUGCUGCCCAUCAUAAAAGCUUCUAUCAAAACACAGCCAGUAUCUCUGAAGCCGCUGCACGUUCUGCAGUGCCACAGUAAACAGGACAGCUCAGAGGACUUCUCCACUCAGCUUUGGGCCUGCGCCUUCCAGCCGCUCUCAGAAUCUAAUGCAGGAGGGAACCGCUUGGUAGCAACGUGUGGAGGAGACUCUGUCUGUGUGAUUGACUGUGAAAUGGGGAUGGUGAUGAAGAAGUACAAAGUUCCAGGAGAGGAGUUCUUCUCCCUGGCCUGGUCCACCGUGUUGAUGUCCAGAGGAGGCAGCGCUCCAUCUCAGGCCUGCAGCAUUCUUGCCGCCGGCGGGAAGAGAGGACUCGUCAAACUGAUCCACCCCAGGAACAACGUGGCGUACGGCGAGUUCAGAGCCAGCCGGAAGUCUCUGUCCGUUCUCCGCUUUAACCACCGACAGGGAAACUUCCUCUUCACGGGCUCCUAUGACAACAAAAUAAUCAUGUGGGAUGUUGGAGGGGUGGACAGCCAUUACAACUUCAAAGUUGUUCAGCUGCUGAUCUUGGAGCUCUCCGCUACGCCUCUGCACAUCUGCCUGCCCCCUUCUUCCCCCGACACACACCUGCUGACGGCUUGUGAAGACGGCUUGUACUGCUACAAAACACAACUGGGUGGAAACAGCACCACAAAGAGGUCGAAGGAAAUGGAAAUAACUUUUCCCAUUUAUAAAAAGGAGGGCAAACAACACGACUAUCACACUAUCGAUGGUUUGAGUUUUCUUUCUGAUGAUGUUGUGGCCUCUAAGAGCCACACCCACGGAUCCAUUUACCUUUGGAGCUGGAGCAGGACCAGGUCUCAGCGGCCGGACAAGAAGAACGGCUCUGUGUGUGCUGUGGUUCUGGCUGAGCUGCAGUGGGCCAACACUGGCAUUCCCUACCUGGCUCUAAAUACCUGCCCAGGACGGAACUACAUAGCAUGUGGCGAUCACAAGGGCCAGAUAUGGACUUAUCACGUCACCAACCUCCAGAAAAACAGCUUACAGACCGGGAGACCCAUUCCACCCACUGAGGUGUUAGAUUGGCCAGCUCCGAUGAGAAAAGGCCUGGGCCGAAUGGAGGGCCCCUCCAUCAACAGCGUGGCGAUGGACCCUGAGCUUCACUACCUGGUCGGCCUGACUGAUAAGAACAUGGUGAUGAUUUGGAAAACUGAGGCGUCAUCCUGAAGAAACAUGGACAUAUAUUUUAGAGAUUUACAGCUUUUUAGACCUUGAGGCUUUCUUUGUCCCGUCAGAAAAGAGGUGAAAGUACCAUAUGUUGGUAUUUUCUUAAGAAACAGUGUUCCUCAUUUUUAGGACAUUUAACUAAAUUACAUAUCUUGAGAAUAUGAUCACAACUUGCUUUUUAAAAAAUGUUUUGUUUUGAAAAUGUAAAAGUUUUGUCUAUUAUUAUAUAUAGUUUUGAAUUUUAGCCAACUCUGUUUAAAGAAAAGAUCUCUACCCAUAUCAAAAAUGUGUCUGAUUUUACAUAUGUGAUUACUUUGCAGUGUUUCGGUUUGAGAUUGAAGCUUUAAUUUUUCUUAUUUGCAAACUUUUAUAUCAGCGUUUGGUACAGAUUUUUAAUCUAACCUUACAGCCAAGAUAUUAAACCGGUCUGGUAUGUGGGUUUUACAUACAUUUGAUUUUACAAACACAAGUUUAAUGGUAACCAAUCUGAAAAUAGCCUGUAGUGUUUUAAAGAAAUGUCACUAGUGCUGAAACUUGCUGUGAAGCAUAAAAACAGAGAGUCCGGGACAUUGUGAUCAUUUUUCGUAGCUGUUGAGAGCAACAUAUAAUUUGCGUCUUGAAGCUGUGGAACACAGCAUGUGUGCGUUUGUUGCUACCUCUCUUUUUUGAGAGGUUGGUGACGUUUUACAUGUAUGUUUUUACAUGUAAUUAAAAGGCUUUUUGUA